CUUUGAAGGUAAAUCAAACCUUUUUCAGACUUAUGUGAAAGGCAAGUACGGGAAGUGAGGAUAUAAGGUUAAUAUUUUAGAGAAUGUCCCAGUGGCUAAAUCUGACAACUCAGAAGCAAGACUUCAUGAAGGAAUCUUAUGACAAGGAGGUGAUGACACGUAUUCGCUGGCAUCUCCAAUAUGGCCAGAGCUUCCGAAACCGGUCACAGCCAAGAAAGAAACCCAGGGCUGAGCAUCACAUAAUGUUUCCUGCGAUAAAUGACACAAGAUUGCGGGCUUCUGAGGACCAUAAAAGGCCAACCAUCAUUGAUGAGCGUGGAAAGGAUCUACAAGAUAGAAGUGAGAGAGCACAAAGUCAACUACCCACUAUUAUAGACAAUGAUAUGAGGCCAGUCAGUGCUAAAACACUCAGCUUACUCUAUCAUGGCACAUCCAAGGAGGAAGAGGGGAGGCACCGGUACCUGAGAUUAAGGAAUAGUAAGAAACCAGAAGAAAAGUAUUACUAUCCUGUAACAAGUAACUGGGCUUAUGGGUGGCAGAUGGGUAAAAUUGAAGACAGCCAACCUCCGAUAUUUCGACGAUGUCGAAUUGUGAAUGACACGUUCUAUAGAAAAAAUGGCAUCACGUCUGAGGUGAACUCCAGAGAUGUUGCCUUCUAAUUCUUAA